AUAUGGAGUUGCCUCAUCCGGUAUUACAUCCUUUGAAAAACAGCAUUCAUUUGUUUACGAGACAUGCACCUGCAAUUACAAGUUCUUCCAUUUCAGACCUUACAACAGUUGCCCUGUUCUUUUAACUUCCCACCAAGAUCAAUGGUGGUGGAUUCUAAUCAGAAAUCAAAGACUUGCAAAACUACCCUUUACGUUUCUCAUCAGAAAUCCUUCAAAUAUGAUAGCAUAGUGUGGCAUUUUGUUAGUCAAUUGUAUCAAAUUUUAAUAGAAAGGACUAGUUUGCUCAUUAAUCUAAUAUACAGGGGAUAAUUUGCAUAGUUUUUGAGUUAAUCUGACUACUUUUACCUUUACAUUGUGUAUGCUUAUUUCAUUUAAUGGAGGUAUGUUUGUUAUAUGCAUUUGUGUUCCUUCAGUAGCAUUUCCCAUCAUGGUCAUAUUACUUUUGCUAGAAUGCUAAGCACCUGAGCCUGUAAUAUUAUGGACAGACAGCACAAGGAUGUUACGAUUAAGGGCUCGCAUAGCCGGCACCCUUCUGUAUCAGUAAAAAGUUUGCCUAGGAGGGUGUUUUUGCAGCUUAUGGGGUUCAGUCCCAUAUCAUUGUGUAUUUAUCCUCUUUUUGCUGCCCCGAUGCAAGAUAUGAAUGAACCUGAAGUGAUUCGGACAUUGAAGCUUUCCGGUGGGGUGAGAAUUCAAGAAAUUAUUGAAGGGGAGGGACGGGAAGCUCGUGACGGAGACUAUGUACAAGUAAACUAUGUCUGCCGACGAUCAAAUGGAUAUUUUGUUCACAGCACUGUGGAUCAAUUCAGUGGAGAAAGCUCUCCUGUCACCCUUCCUUUGGAUGAGAACCAGAUUAUAAAGGGCUUGAAGGAUGUUUUGACAGGCAUGAAGGUUGGAGGAAAGAGAAGAGCAUUGAUACCUCCUUCCGUGGGAUACAUCAAUGAAAACUUGAAAUCGAUUCCUGAUGAGUUUGGUCCUCGGCGUAGCCUCUUAUCUCAUGCCAAAGAACCUUUGAUCUUUGAGGUCCAGCUUCUGAAGAUAUUAUAAAGGUUGUUGUGUGAGAAACUAUUUUUUUUCUUCUCUAAAUAGCCAGUAGUAGAAGAAAUGACGUAAACGAGACAUUGUAAGCCAUACAUUACUGCAUCACUUAUAAUAUCAGAUUCAAAAUUUUCUCAGCAA